CUUGGAGCUUUGACUAGUGAAGUUUAUCAUGCUGCUCUUCUCUGUGUUGGAUGUGAUGUACCAGCUGCCAGAAAAGUAUGUGGUUUUACGGGACAUGCAUCUUGCAAAGGUUGCUCAAAGUGCACAAAAUACUUCCCCGGCACAGUGACGACUAAAAUUGAUUUUUCAGGAUUUGAUUUACCGUCUCCUCCAAGGACUAAUCAUAAGCACAGGGAGGAAGCCCAAGAGAUUUUGAAUCAAACCAGCGCUGGAGAUCGGGCAUCACUGGAACAGCAGUUUGGAACACGAUUCAGUGAACUAAUGUCACUUCCUUACUUUGAUUGUGUGCGAUUUCAUAUUAUAGACCCUAUGCAUAACCUGUUUACUGGCACAGCUAAGCAUGUAAUGAAAAACAUUUGGUUAGAUGGUGAGAAUCCCUUGAUCAAGAAAAAUGAUUUAAUAAACAUCCAAGAAAAGUUGGAUAAAAUUAAAGCACCAUCAGAUGUUGGUAGAAUGCCAAGGAAGAUUUUGAACAGCUACGGGGGCUUUACUGCUGAUCAAUGGAAGACUUUUACCACACUUUUCUCUAUUUAUGCCUUAAGUGACAUUUUGCCCAAACCACACUUAGAACUGUGGCGUCAGUUUGUGUUGGCAUGUUCUUUUAUUUGUUCUCCAGUGAUUUCUGAAACAAGAGCCUUGCUUGCUCACUCUUAUUUGCUUAAUUUCUGUAAAGGUUUUGAACAAUUAUAUGGCAACCACAGAGUGACUCCAAACAUGCAUCUGCACACACACCUUGUGGACUGUAUCCUAGACUUUGGACCUGUGUAUUCAUUUUGGUUGUUCAGUUUUGAACGGUAUAAUGGCAUUGUGGGAGACUAUGGGACUAACCAGAGGUCAGUUGAAAUACAGCUUAUGCGAAAGUUUAUUUCCAAUCAAUUUGUAAAAGACUUGCCAUUGCCUAACAAGUUUCAUGAACAUUUUAAACCUAUUAUGGACAGACUUAUUUCCAGACAGACAGGCAGCUUACAAGAAUACUCUUUGAGUAAAGAAAACAUUGAUUCUAGAAACUUAAUCAUGACCAGUAUGCUUUCUAUUGGAAAUGUCCGCAAAGAUGUCACUUGGUCUGCCGAAGAUUCUUCAUAUGUUUGUUGUGGGCCACAUCACAGAGAUUGCUUGGGCGACGAGUUCCUCCCAUAUUUAAAGAAGUGCUACACAAGCAUUUUUGAUGAUGUGGAUGAAGAAUCCAUUACUGGCCAUUUCAAGAGAUUUGCAUUGUGCACAUUUUCUGGAGAUAAAUAUGGUUCAAGCCUGUCACGAGGAGACAGAUCAUCAUAUAUUCUUGCAAGGUGGUGUGCUCUUGGAGGAAAAAUUGAUACCAGUGGAAGUGAUCUUAGGCCUGGAAUCAUUCAGUUUUUCAUGGAACAGACAAUCCAAGUCAAUGGACAGCCUGUUCCGUGCAUACUUGCUUUUGUGCGCUGGUUUCAAUCACAUCCUUCACGGUACUCCUUAGGUGCUCCAGUGGAGGUGUGGUGCAAGGAUCUCUUUGAAUUGGAAGGUGAGGCUACUUUCAUUCCUGUUAAGAGAGUACAUGGAAGGUUUGUGCCAGUAUUUGGUGUCAUUCAACGGGAGCAUGUGUUAGUAGUUUGUCCUCUUCCACGCAAACUACACUGUUAAUGUUUUUCAUCGGUUAAAUGUUGGACUCUGCAAUGAGUUACACUAUUACAUAAUUUGAAAUUUUUUAAAAAAGAAUUUAAACAGAGUAAUCGAAAAGUCUCCUUUGAACGAAGACUGUGUUUCUAUUUUGUGGCUAAAUUUCAUUUCUGGAAAAGGACUCCACUUUUUGAACCAUUAUAAAUAAACUUUUUAUGAUUAAUGUAUUUUUAACUUUAGUUUUUAAAAACUUUUAUAGGCGUGUAAGAGCACUUAUGACUCAGUGACAAUCAAAAAUCGGAGUCAUAAUCAGAGUCAUACAUUUUGUAAGACUCGAUCUGGUGAAAAAACAAUCCAUUCAAAGGCAUUGUGAUGAGUUUAAUAAUUAUUCUGCCUCUGCUUGCAAUUGGGUUUUCACUAGUUGGUAAGUGAUGGAGUCAUAAGUGGAAUUAGAACGCUGUUUUCACACUUCUGAUUACGACUCUGACUGUGACUCUGUUGUUAGCGAAAAACAGCUUUAAGGGUAACAAUAUUUUGAAACAGUUGGUCAUUUCAGGAAGGAUAGUUUAUAGUUGCCUGGCCUGUUUACAUUCAUUCAUAAAUAGUAUGGUGGUAAAAGGCCACAAUAGGGUCUUUGCGUAACUGUGGUCACAUGAUCAACCUUUGGUAAACAUGAAAACAGUUCUUUUUUAAAAAAUUUUGUUAGCACAAGCUGAAAGAGCAUAUUAAAAUUAGGUAGCCUGAGAAUUUUCAGUCGUAUAUUUCAAAAGUAGUAAGUGCAACGGCCACUCAAAGUUAGAAGUAUUUGUAUGAGAAAAACAACUUUUGCCGCUCAUUUACUCUUGCAUGGUUUUCGAUACAAAUCCUUGUAAGUUCUAAAAUUUUUCAACUGUCGUCAAAUCUUUUCCUUACACACUUAAGGGAUCAAAUUGCCUGUUAUGAAUUAAAAGGACAUUUGAGCCCUGUAAUGCUUUUGGUAUUAUUUUCAUGACAGUAUUGAAAAUUUCGAAAUUACAGGAUUUGUAUGUAAAACCAUGGAACCACAACAAUGAUUGCCUAAAAAAUGGAACCACAAUAAUGAUUGCCUAUGGCCAGUGAUGAGCACAUUUAAAGCACAACAAAGCUGUUUUUAUUGUGCAUAUUGCACACCUAAAGGAAAUUCCAUAAUAAACUUAUUGUAUUUUGAAAUUUAUUAUUUUAAAAAAGGGCAUGAUUUAAUUCUCAAGUGUUAAUAGUUAAUAUUUGACAGUUAAUGAAUGAGGCUGAGUAUGUUAUAAAGAAUUAUGGAGAUCAAGGAGGGUGUUAUCCGUCAAGACCGUAGGCCGAGGCGGAUAACUCCCUCCAAGAUCUCCAUAAUUCUUCAUGUGAUAUGAAAGCCGAAUUCAAUAAUUGUUUUAUUAUUCAUUCAAAAUAAUUCCUAGUUCAAAAACAUAGCUAAAACAUGCCUACCUCCAUUGAUCCAUCAAUGUUCAGUUCAUCUUCGAUAGUGUACGUUUAGGUUUGUCCAGCUCCGCAAAUAUUCUCCAAAUAACAGAUGUUGCCCUCUGAGUUGUCUUCUUGCUGGUUUUGCUAUGUUUUUAACUAUUACUUUGCCUAGUUCCAACUGUAGUUAUUACGCUGGAAACGGUUGAAGUGGCGGCCAUUUUUGUUUUCAGAACCAAAACAACUCAACCUUGUCCCCAGGUCUUCUCAGUUAACUGUGCAUUAAACUGUAGAAGGCUGCAUUUUUGACGUCAUUUCCUCGUUAAACACAAAAUUCUUCCAAAUUUGGUCAUCAGUAACUGGUUAUGGUGAAUUAAACAUGUGCUUUUAGCCAAUCAGAAUUGGGGAAAUAUUUUGAAUGCAUAAUAAUAUGUUUUAUCUAUACAUGUGUAUUUAUUGUUAUGAUCUGGUGAUAAUAAAUUCAAGCUUUUCAACAGAAACUGAACUCAGUGAUUUAUUGUUUCCUUAUCUGAAUGGGGUUGGGGUUAUGGAGAUUUCGCGUGUCAUAAAUGAAGUAAUUAUCUAAUUGAGCAACAUUGCUGACCCAAUUUUACGCGGGAAAAGGCUCAGAGGCGGGAAAUAUGGACGGGAGUAAUAAGCAUCGUACAAAUAUUAUGAAGACAAACCAGCCAUUUUCUUGGAGAAAGAAUACCCCUAAAGAAAGAGCAGCAAUGCAGAACGAAAGAAGAAAGCGAAAGAGAAAGGCUAGAGCGGCGAACAAAGAAGAUAAAAGAAGAAAAGCUUUGUUAGCACUUGAAGAUGAGCGAGCGAUGACCCUAGCGAAGAAUGAAAGAUUGCUCCAUCUUGCGAGGAAGUACUACGCAAAAUGGCAUGCCCUACAUCUUCGUGAACGGGUAGGAACGUCAUUUGAUGUAAUUUUUCGUAGUCCGUUAAAUAUCAUCUAAUGUUUACAGUGAAGGGUUAAGACUUUUAACAUCUGCCGCUUCUGCAAAUACCUCACAGCUAUGUAUUCAUUACAAUGAUUUCAAUGCUAAUUGAAGUAGCCAGCAGGUUUAAAUACAGUAACCGACUGUAACAACAAGGUACCGCUAGUCCCCUCCUGUUGGAAAAGUCUGUGGUAUGCUUCCUCAGAAAACUUUCAAAUUUCAAAGCCCUCGGACGCGAUUCUUGUUUAUACUAGAUCAGGAGUAGAUCUAGAGGGAGGGUGAAAUGGGUGCAUCAGCAAAAUAAAGCAAUUAAAAAAUGUAAGGGCUACUUAGAACCAAUCAGAUUUCAUAAUUGGCAAGAAUGGUAUUAAUUUUUUUCAGACUAGCAAAAUGGAUAAAUCAAACACCAUGGAGAAUGAGAAACAGGCACAUAAAGAUGCCUCAAUUUCUGCAGAUCAACCGGUGUCACAUGUAAAGAGAAGUCAUCUCAGUCAUGUGAAAGAUCCAAGUGGUUCUACUGACCAACCUCUGUUACUGGGAUGUGGUGUCUUUGGACGUUGCUAUAAAAUGUAUUACAGAGGGAUUUCAGUUGCUGUUAAACAAUUUAACACACACCUGUCAUCAGAGUCCAGUGUUAUCAAAGAAGCAUCACUGAUGAAACAGUUGGAUCACCCAUGUUUUCCCUACGUUUAUGGUAUUUGUGUACAAAGCAAACCUUACCUGUUAGUACUUCAGUUUUGCAAUGUGGAAGGCAAAGCAUACACUCUUCACAGGACUUUACACAGCCGUACCUUGGUUUUGAAAAAUCAAGAGUGGUUUGAUGUCAUUUUGCAACUUCUAGAAGCACUCAAAGUGUUGCACAACUCUGGACUGAUUCAUCAGGAUAUAAAAGGUGAUAACAUCUUGCUUACAUACAAAAAUACACUGUUUGUGCCAGUAAUCAUUGAUUUUGGAAAGUGCAUUAGAAUACAGGAAGCCAGAACAAAAGUUUUGUCCAAACAAGAACAAGAGACAUACAAACAGAAGUACACACAUGUUGCCCCUGAAGUUGUUGCAGGAACUCACCCUCCAUCUCAUGCAAGUGAUGUAUAUGCCCUUGGCCGUCUGUUAAGGCAGAUUGCAACCAAGAUUGGUUGCAAGCCACUUCUCUCCCUUAGUGAAUGCAGCUUAAAGAAUGACCCAAAUGCUAGGCCCUCUUUGGAUCACCUCUUGGUCAGUGUCAAGUCUCUGUCAUCAUGAUUAGGUUCUUGAUAUUAAAUAGAGAGGAGAAGUCGUUAUGUAAAAUUUCUUGAUGACAACAAAGUGAAAAGGUCACUUAAAAAGUGAAUUCACACUGUUUCAAACUUAUCGAUCUUAUUCACUUUCUUUUAAUUUGUAAAAUUGUGGCGAAAUUAUUUUCUGGGGUUGAAUCCAAAAGGACCAUAUCUGACUUUAGAAAAAGAAAAAGAAAAUUCUUGUUCUGUGUUCACCAACUCCAUAAACCAGUGACGUGAAAUUAGGAAGUUUCAAGUUGCAGACUUGCAACAAUGGAUAAGAGAUGUACAAAAAAACGUGAUGCACUUGCAAAGUUGUUGUUUUGCUAACAUAAAUAGAGGAUAUUACAUGGCCGCGCGGAGAUAAGAAAUUUCUCUUCAAGUGUUGAACGAGAAGAGAAAUUUCAUAUCUCCAAGCGGCCAUGUAAUGUCCUAUUUAUUAUGUAAACACCAAUGAAAUACCAAACCAUUUCACUUUAACCGUUUUUUGGUGUGAAAGGCACGAUUUAUUAUCUAGCCAUAGCAAAGGUGAUAUUUUCACAUGUGAAGAUAACAUGUUAUUUUCACCUGUGAAGAUAUCAAGUUCUCGCAAGAAAGCUCACCUAGUAUUUCAUUGGUGUUUAUAUAAUAAACUGAUUUCUUUUUUGCCGUUCGUUGCCGUCGCUGUGGUUGUUGCUUAAGCUCCCCACUGUUGUGAUCCAGAAAUGUUGCUACCAUGGUAAAAUGACAUCAUACUCCUUCUCUCUAUUGGUUGUCAUAUCACCACUAACUAAAACUGUAUAUCACGCUGUCAAGGACACUGUGGCAGGGCUACAAACCCUUUUAGUCCCAAGAGUCACCCAAAACAGUUUUCCCUUCACAACAUCAUUACUUCAUUAAAGGAAAAGAUUAUGACAACAACAUAAACACCACAAGGAGAAGGGUUUCAUCUUUCAACAAAUUAAUUCUCUCGACUAAUGCGUGGAGAUUAUUAUAUUAGGGAAAUUUUGUAUUUGGAUAUUGGAGCUUAAAGGGUAAAAGUGUUUUAAUGAUGUUAAUAUUGUGACCUUUAUUUUAAAAAAAUAGCUUUCUAAUAAAAUUACUGAUAAGUUACUGAAGUUUUGCUUUAGGUUGACUGAAAGCCAAGUCCACUCUGUCUGAUCUUAGGUUAUUUUUCUUCUGUUUUUAAAAUUACCUGGCUAUGAAUUUAAAUUUAUAAUGUGGAUUUGACUAUUGUAUGACAUAUUUUACUGCACAAGUAAGGAUUUCACAUUCUGUGGGAGAAUUGUUAUUUACUUCAGGCUCAAUUGAAAGUCAAAACCACUGUUUCUGGUCAUACUACCAGGGUUUCUUUUUUCAAAUGACCUCCUUUGCAAGCUUGGAACUACAGAAAAGUGAUGGUGAAAUAUUUACCUUUAAUUCGGUUUUCCUUACAGAGUAGGUGGAAGCUUGUAGUUGCCCAGAUGUUUUCAUCUUUAGGCAGCGCACCGGAAACGGGACAGGACAGAUGUUUCAUCUGUUAAGUUAGCGGAAGCUUCCCUUGUAAGGUAA